UCCGAAGCUUAAAGUUUGCAGCUCCAUGUCUGACGGCUCUCACAGCUCCCACUGAUUCGCAGGGCAGGGAGAUGCGCAGGCAUGGUGGCGAGUGAAGCAGGAUGGGGCAUUCCGGGUGCUGCACCCCAUCUCCUGCUGGCUGCUGUGUGCCUGCGCGCCAUGACGGCUCCGCAAAGCGCCUCUGCCUUCGCUGCAGGUAACAGGUGAAUUUGCGGUUCUUGUGCUGGCAUUUUACAUAUUUUUUUAUUUUAUUACUUUUUAUAAUAAGUUUUUAUUUUACUAACCCAAACUCUGCUGAUCGUGGCCACGGAGCUGUGUGCGGGGUGUUGGUGGCUGCUGCCAGCGCCGAGGUCCCCGUGUGACCCGCAUACUAAUCCCCUGGACCCCUGAUCGGGGGGUGUGAGGGAUCGGCCGGACAUGCUCACCCUCCCCUGGGAUUUACAAACACUCAGUGACUGACCCGGCCGCUCACAGCACUGCAGGGGGCGCUCGCCUUUGAUCCCUGAACCCCCCUGUUUGGGAGCAGCAGGACCCCCCAGAUCUGUCCGCUCUCGCAGAGCCAGCAAUCCAGGAAUAUGAACAGGAAGACAAGACGCUGGAUACUCCACAUCAUUCUCAGUCUGGGGAUUGUCUACAUUAAGAUUGGAGGUUUCUCUUCGGUGGUGGCUCUGGGGGCCAGCGUUAUCUGCAGCAAGAUCCCGGGAUUGGCUCCCAGACAGCGGGCGAUCUGUCUCAGCCGACCUGAUGCUAUCAUAGUGAUCGGAGAGGGGGCUCAGAUGGGAAUCAACGAGUGUCAGUUCCAGUUUCGGCACGGGAGGUGGAACUGCUCGGCCCUGGGAGAGAGAACGGUGUUUGGAAAAGAACUGAAAGUGGGAAGUAGAGAAGCGGCGUUCACAUACGCCAUCAUCGCUGCCGGCGUGGCGCACUCCAUCACCUCUGCCUGCACGCAGGGGAACAUGAGCGACUGCGGCUGCGAUAAAGAGAAACAGGGACAGUUCCACAGGGAGGAAGGAUGGAAAUGGGGGGGCUGCUCCGCUGACAUCCGAUACGGAAUUGGGUUUUCCAAGGUUUUUGUGGACGCCAGGGAAAUCAAGCAGAAUGCGCGGACGCUCAUGAACUUGCACAAUAACGAAGCUGGACGCAAGAUCCUGGAAGAAAACAUGAAACUGGAGUGUAAAUGUCAUGGCGUUUCUGGGUCCUGCACCACAAAGACAUGUUGGACCACGCUGCCCAAGUUCCGAGAGCUGGGUUUUAUUCUAAAAGAAAAAUACAACGAGGCCGUUCAAGUUGAACCGGUCAGGGCGACCAGGAACAAGCGGCCAACCUUCCUCAAAAUUAAGAAGCCCCUGUCUUACCGCAAGCCUAUGGACACCGAUUUGGUGUAUAUCGAGAAAUCUCCGAAUUACUGUGAAGAGGACCCGUUGACCGGCAGCAUGGGAACUCAAGGCCGAAUGUGCAACAAAACGGCUCAUCACACCAGCGGCUGCGAUCUGAUGUGCUGCGGGAGGGGGUACAACACUCACCAGUAUUCCCGCGUGUGGCAGUGUAACUGCAAGUUCCACUGGUGCUGCUAUGUGAAGUGUAACACCUGCAGCGAAAGGACUGAGGUGUUCACCUGUAAGUGA